UAUUGGUAGUUUAGAAAUACACGAGUCUUGUGUAAUAUUAAGAGGGGCUUUAACCUAUACAUUGUUAAGACUUGUACUAACAAGGUUCCAAGCGGAGAAAAUCAGAUUACUUAUCUGUGUCACUGCUUUGCCACUGACCCUGACAGUUUAGUGGUGAUUUAUUAUUUCUGGCAUGCCUUCCAGACCUGUUAGCAGAAUGCUCCAAGCAGAACAACCCUGAAGUUUUUAGGAGUCCCUAGAGAACUGCACUGAAAGCCAUUUCCUCCAUCCGUAUCAUGUAUCAGUCACAGCAUGGAGAAACACUUUCAGAGCAAUGCUAUCUAACUUGCUCCUUUCUUUUAAUGCAGUUAUUUCUUCAACAUGACAUUCAAGUCUGUGCUUUGCCUUUCACCAUGACACGUGGGCCAACCUCACAUCUGUCCUGCAGCAUUCUGGGCUUGACUUGGCAGGUUUCUGCUGAGCAUGCUUGUUCAGUGUUUGCUUCGUAAUCAAACCUGUGGGUAGCAGAACUGUUCUUUACAGAAGAACUAUGCAUGUGCUUAAAAGGUUUAUAAGAGAGCUGGUGUCCCUGUAUCCAAUACACUUCAUCUCUGAAGCCUGGGCUGUUGGUCUGACUUGGAAUAAGGACACAUUCAUUCCAAACUUAAAGAUGGAUUCUCCCAAAGAACCUGCGCCUACAGGAGAGUUCAAGUGUCAGCUAUGUGGCUUAACAGCUCCAUACACAUACUAUGGGCAGAAGCCACCCAACACACACUCUAUUGUGAUUUUGGAAGACAGUUAUGUCAUGAAGGACCCUUUCACCCCCGACAAAGAGAAAUUCCUCAUCCUUGGGUCUCUGUGCAGUUUGUGUAGAAGAAGUGUGUGUGUUGGUGCAGAAUGUAGUCUGUUCUACACUAAAAGGUUCUGCCUCCCCUGUGUGAAUGAAAACUUACAGGCUUUUCCUUUGGAAAUACAAGAAGAUAUGGAUAAAAGGAAGCCCCAGUCAAAGUCUAAGAAAAAAAUGGAUUCAAGAACAUAAAUACUGAAAGACCAAGAAAGAGAGACAGUUCUUCGGCUGAGCUUUCUCCUCUCUCCUUUUUAAGACUAUCAUGUUGCUCCUUUUGAAGUAGUGACCUUCAUUAACUCACUGCUACAGAACACAGCUACACAUUUCCCACUGGCUUGGCUUCAAGCAUCACCGUGCAGCAAUUGCAGCACCAGCAGAAUGGCCUUAGGGUGCUGGAAAAGCAGAAGGAAUGUCAGAAAGGCCUGUUUGUUGCCUGAUCAAAUGCAUGUAGUAAAAAACCGAACAGCGUUAAAGCAUAGGAACUGUAUCCCAGUUUCCCAUUUGCUGUUUUAAUGUUUUGUAUGGUUCUUGAUAAUCCUACAGUGUUAUGAAAAAUCUGAGAGAUUUAUCUGACUGAAUUCACUAUACCUCCAAGAAUGUAAGUAGCAAUUGUUAACCUGCCAUUGUUAGCUUGGUAAGAUUACAGUGAGGAAGGAAGUCAGAGCUUUAUUUUUAGGUCCAAAAUGAAACUGGUGGGACAAAACGUCAUAGAUAGCCACAGAAAUAUCUAAAUUCAAAAUUCCUGUAUCAGUACUAUCACAGAAAGUACAUGCUUUUAUAAUGGCAACAUUUAAAUUUUUUAAAAUAAUAAUUUUUAAAGGAUACAAAUCUGCAGUCACUUUGCACUCAGCUUUCCAGUCCUUCUCUGCACAGUGAUAGAAGAGGUUACUUUGUCUAGUUUAAUAUGGAAAUCCAGCUACUGAAGUCAAUUAUUUUCUGAAGCGGGCAAUUGAACAAUCAGGAUUUGAGAAACAUAGUUUUAGUAAAAAAUAUAUAUAUAAAAAAUUGCUAGGAGAAAAAGCAAUUUCUUUAGUCUGUAUAUUGGCAUCAUGAAUGUCUGUGUUGACUUUGCCUUAAUUACAACGAAGAUUUAUAUGCUAAUAUAGUCAAUCAGUCACACACCUUGAGGAUAUGUCCAGAGUGCUCCAUAAUCUCCGCAUUCAUGCUUUUAUUUUAUUAUUAAAAAUAUUUUAUUUAUUUUUUAUUCAUGCUUUUUUGGUCACUGGUUCAGAACCAGUAUCAAUGCCUCGGUUAACAUUGCUCCUUUUCUCUACUCUUUCAGCUUUAUCAUUUGUUUUAUACUUACGCAGUACUUUUAGGAGGAUCAGCCUCCUAAUGUAUCUGCUAGAAGAAAUCAACAUAAUUUUGAUGAGUUAUUUUAUGUUAUUUAAGACUUUCUAAUGUCCUGGAAUCUUUCACUGUGUUUUUUACUGAACCUCAUGUAUUGGUUUCUGCUGUUGGAGAGUAGAAUUUCUUGCAGUUACUAGAGGAGCAAUCAUGGAUAUAUUACAGCCUUUUUCAAGCUCUACUUGCACUUGAGAAUGAAAUGCAUAGAUCUCUUUAAUUGCCUAAAAAAAUACUUGUUAGAACUCAACAUUUCAGAUUCCUUCCUGCAGUAAUAAGAGGUUACUCUUUCAAAUAAAGUGAUGUGCAUCUUGCUUAAAA